GUCACGUUGUUGGCAACGGGCAAACAAGCGUUAUAUGCUAACGAACUACUAAAGUAUCAGAACAAACGACAAUAAAAUCUCUUAAUAGAGGAAAAUGAGGUGCGAAACAUGCCGGCUCUUACAGAAAUACAGCGUCCACAGUCUCAAUUAUCACAGAAACGAGGAUAUAGACUUACUUUGAGCGAAUCCGCGAGGAAAAAGCAACAAGAAAACACAAGCUUGCAAGAAAAAUGCACAUUUGACAACAAAGUAAACACUUCGGUGGAGGACCAUAGGAGAAUCUUAUUUCAAGACAGAGUACAACACCAUAGAAGCCAGGACUAUUUUAGAGAUGCCAUUCAUAGUCGAAGCUAUAGCAGUUGUGCAGGUCCGUCACCUUUACCUGCACCAACUGCAUGCCCCACCCACACCCAUCCCUUAGAUGGAAGCCAUCGCUUGCCAAGGUGGAUUUCAGCUUUGGGCCUGUGGCUUACAACAAAGCAGAAAGCUUUAUUCUACCAGAGCUUCACCCGACAUCUUGAGCUAUUAGAUCCUUCCAAACGAAAUGCCUUGGACCCACUCCCUCAUGUGUCCCGAUGUUGUCAUGCACGCACACUAUCAGCACUCCAAAGACAGCGAAGACGACUCAAACUUGAAGAAGAAUACAAAACACAAGAGCGUUUUAUUCGUCUUCUUGAGCGAUUUGCAAAAAUCACUGAGACCUGGGAGCGAAUCAAGAACCAAUCAGAGGCGCUUGGAAUGGAACACCAAAAUCGCCUCAACAACUUCAAGAAGUUUAAAGAUAACUACAAAGACCCAGCGGAGAUUCUACGCAAGAAGCGUGAGGAAAGGGAGCGACAGGAGAAAGAAAGACGUAAAGCCCUGAAAAUCGAACGAGAAAAGGAACAGGAGAGGCAAGGGAUAAUCUUACCAGAAAUUAUAUAUUCUGAUUACGAUGAAGAGAUGCGUGAAUUACUAGCCGCCAUGACGGAAUCUUCGGAGUCAGUUACUGAGAAUGAACUUGAAAGUAUUGACAAUACGGGUCUGAUGGUGCCUGAGGUCAGCAAGGAGGAAACAGAAAAGCCGCCAAGCUCAAGCCCUCAACCUGUGCAUGAAGAUGUGACUAAAGACACUCCAAGAUCGCCUUCAGUAGAGGAGGAGACGGUAGAGGAACCACCCUCCAUAGACGAACCGACUCCUGUUGCGGAGAGUCCACAGGAGGACGAGCUACCCAAUGAGUCGGAUGAAAGCCUUAAGUCACAGUCAAGUCAGUACUUAGCCCCUCCCACACUAGCGGCGCUAAACACAGGGGAUGAUAUGACGCUAGCAAAUGGACGAAUGUCGCCUGAUGAAACAGUUGGUAUCAUGUCCGGUAAAGCACCUGUCCCACUUGGGCUGUCCAAUGGGGUGAUUCCGGACACUGGCAUCCGGGUUUCGUCCGUACAAGAUCGUUACCACACUGGUGGCCAGGCACGGUUAGGUAACUUAAAGCACGGUAAACAGGGCGGGGCAUGGUGUCCCAAAAAGAGCGACGCCAAGCAGUACAUGGAGGUGGACCUAGGAGGCACCGCUACCAUUAUGCAGGUUGCGACUCAGGGCUAUCCAGGAGACGAGAACGUUGCUCCAAAAGACAUGCGAUGGGUGAAGAGCUUCACCCUCUCAUACAGUGAUGACGGCAAGAAGUGGACACCGUACACCGAAAGCGGCAAAGUCAAGGUUUUCGAAGGUAAUACCGAUAACAAUAUUGUUGUGCUUCGAAGUCUGUCUGAACCAGUUGAGGCGAGAUUUGUCCGAUUCCAACCCAAGACGUGGAGGAAUACAAUAGCCAUGCGAGCAGAGGUGUACGGAAACUUCGCAGAAGAGUGUCCCAAAACCCCUAGCGAGCCUUCUGAUUCUCCUGGACCUAUGUCACCAGAACCAGAAAUUAUGACGCCAACACCGGAACCUUCUCCUAAACAUCGAUCACCUAGUCCAAAACUAACCAAGACCCCCACCCCGCCCAGCUGGAGCCUGACCCCCUUGCAUGACGAGGUCGACGAGGAAGAGGAAGGCAGCUUUGUGCAGUUCCGGUGCAGCCCCCAGAGAAUGACCCCUUUGGAUGUGUGGGAGGAGGAGAAAGUAGAUGGGGUGGUGCUGUUAGAGCAACAAAAAAGUAUUCGUAUCAAGGGAGAAAAGCAUUUACCUAAAUUAAGACAUAAACACAAAAAGCCCAAACCAAAGAAAGAAAAGAAGAAAAAGCACAAGAAAAAGCACAAGACCAAGCUCCCUGAUAUUAAUACUGGUUUGGUGGACCGUAAAGAGGAAUCGGAAGAAGAGGACGAGACGGGAACACCAGAGCCAGAGGAAGAAGAGGAAGGUUUGAGGCUUCCUACACCACCGCUACCAGAAAUACCAAAACGACCAGAACCAUCAGUCCUUCCGCCGGUAAAAACCCGAAAAACAAGCAUGUUCGCCGACAAACCGGAAUCCCCAGAUACGGCAGAGCGACGACGUCUCGCGCGUGCUCAAACAGACAAUAGCAUACGUAAUGAGCUAAGGCGGCAGGAGCUCGCCGAGGAGAGAAGGAGAAAGCUUACACUGCUAGCAGAGGAGAGGAAAACGCGUGGAUUAAUUGAUACGGACAAGGAUGGGUCAGACUUCGGGCGCUAUGCGUUUGAUCAAGAAUCCUUUUUGUCCAAGUACUGCAUUCUAAACGAGAGCCAAACGAACUACUAUCACAGAAUAUUCGAGAACUUUGACGAGGAUAACGAUGGGUACCUAUUUCCGGAGGAGCUGUUGGAAGCUCUUGAAUGUGUCAACAAGAAUCUACUGAGCGAUUCCCAUCUCAAGUACAUUUACAGGGCCUUGGAACAUUGCGACUGUAGUCUUGAUUCCGGUGCCGACUUCAAGUUCUUCUCCGUAGUCGCCGCUUUUUCUCAGAGGAUCGCAGCACUAGAUGAAUUUGCCAAGGUGCUGAUAUCCAAGUUAGACUUCAGAGAACUUGACUACAAACUCCAGCGGGCAAAGUCUCUAUUCAAGUGUUAUGCAAGUGAGGACACAAAAACUAUGUCCAUGGAAGUCUUAAUACUUGAACUCACUACGGGACGCUUAGGAAAGUCUGAAAAGAGACAAGUUUUGAAGAUCCUUGGUCAGACCACCUACUUGGAUUUUCUUGAUUUCUUGACUUAUGUCCCACUUUUUAUUUACAUACAUGAACAAGUGCUGGCACACCCUCUCCAUACUUAAAUAUAAACAAAUUAUAAAUAAUAUAGUAUAGUCCCUAUCAUGACCAGCAUCCAAAAAUUGUAACAAUUUCUUAAAUUAAAUAAUACCUGUGCCCCCCUCCCAUUCAGAAAAUUGGGCCAUAGCAUGGGGUGGGGGUACUGGGGGCAUGUGCCCCCCCCCC